GGUCCCGCCCGGUGAUGUAGGCAGCCAAGGGAGGUGGAGCCGCAACGCCUGAAGGAGUUCCCACCGCAGCCGUGGUCUUGGUCCACCUCAUCCGGCUUUCACCAGCCCCAGCUCCAGAGACCUCCCUGCUGCUGAAUCGGCGGCAGGGACUUUGGCAAUCCCCACCCAUAGUCGAACCUGGGGGAUAUCCAUUGCUCUAGACCCCCGUCCCUCCUUGCUUCCCAGACGGCUGGAGUCAUUCCUGGGGUAAGCUGUUCCGGGCUGAUCAGCAGCCACACGGGCAUCUCGCAGCCAGCCCAAUUGGGCACCGGGCAUCUGCGAAGCCAGCCGUGCCGGACACCGAGCAUCACUCAACGACUAUCUCCGACCUCCGCCCAGCUUGUCGUGAGUCCUGGGCGGUGGGCUUCUGGGCACCUUUGGCCUCCCCCAGGACCGGGUGAACUCCCCGUAAUCCCAGCCCUCUGGGCCGCCGCGAUGCUGCCCUGGAGACGGAACAAAUUCGUGCUAGUGGAGGACGAGGCCAAGCGCAAGGCGAAGAGCCUGAGCCCCGGGCUCGCCUACACAUCGCUGCUCUCCAGCUUCCUGCGCUCCUGCCCGGACCUGCUACCGGACUGGCCCCUGGAGCGUCUGGGCCGCAUGUUCCGCAGCCGGCGCCAGAAAGUAGAGCUUAACAAGGAGGACCCGACCUACACCGUGUGGUACCUGGGCAACGCCGUCACCCUGCACGCCAAAGGCGACGGCUGCACCGACGACGCGGUGGGCAGGAUCUGGGCUCGCUGCGGGCCGGGAGGGGGCACGAAGAUGAAACUGACGCUGGGCCCGCACGGCAUCCGCAUGCAGCCGAGCGAGCGCGGCGCCGGGGGCUCUGGGUGCCGCAGGCCGGCGCACGCCUACCUGCUGCCGCGCAUCACCUACUGCGCGGCGGACGGGCGCCACCCGCGCGUCUUCGCCUGGGUCUACCGCCACCAGGCGCGCCACAAGGCCGUGGUGCUGCGCUGCCACGCCGUGCUGCUGGCGCGGGCUCACAAGGCGCGCUCCCUGGCCCGCCUGCUCCGCCAGACCGCGCUGGCGGCCUUCAGCGACUUCAAGCGGCUGCAGCGGCAGAGCGACGCGCGCCACGUGCGCCAGCAGCACCUCCGAGCCGGGGGAGCCGCCGCCUCGGUACCCCGCGCCCCAUUGCGCCGCCUGCUCAACGCCAAGUGUGCCUACCGGCCUCCGCCGGGCGAGCGCUGCCGCGGGGCUCCGCGUCUCAGCAGCAUCCAGGAGGAGGAAGAAGACGAGGAGGAGGAGGAGGAGGACUCCCGGGACAGCGAGGGAGGAGCCCUGCAGCACGAGCGGCCCGAGGUGCUGAGCCUAGCCCGGGAGCUGAGGACGUGCAGCCUGCGGGGCGCCCCGGCGCCUCCGCCACUCGCGCAGCCCCGCGGCUGGAAGGCCGGCUCCAGGGAGCGGGCGGGUCAGGCGCGCUGAGGGCGCAGGGCUAGGACUCGGGCCCUAGACCCGGCCCAGCAGACUGACCAGGACUCAAAACCGGUCCUGCCCGCUUCAGCCCUCCUGGUCCCUGGCCUGCCACCCUCGCGGUGUCCGUAGUGGUCGCCUUGCUCCUCAUCCUGGCUCAGGGUGAAGCCGGAUAUGCCCUUGAUUAUUAGGGGUGGAGGGGAGUCCACAUCUCCCCACACUGGGAGUUUUCCUGGUCCUUCACUGUGGAAUUGCCCUCCCCCACGCUUUAUGCCAGGUCUCUGCCUACAGACUAACUUGCUCUCUUCCAAAACAGCAUCUCAGGAGAAAGGGGAAAAUAUUUGUGGAAACCCUGGAGGGUGGGUUUGAACCCAGGACCCCGUCUAAGGGAGGAGUAAUGGUCCCGCCCUUGGUCUCUUAUUCCCUGUGAUAAGAACCAUCCUGGAGAGAUUUCAGAUAAGGGAGAGAACGGAAUAGGUGGGGAGAACUGAGACGAGCCCCACUGUGGACUCCCACCAGGGACCAUACACAGGGCGGAAUUCGUGGUCCUACCCAUUACUGUUUGGAAGGCUCCUGACACUUCAUUGGUCUCUCUGUGAAAGGGACAGGGAUGGUCCUGUCUACAUGCAAAGAACAGAGUGGGACAGUCUAACAGCCCAGCACUAGGCAGCUUUACAAUCCUCUGCCUUGAUAUUCUUUCAGGGUUCCACUCAUCCCCUCUCUGCAGACAGAUAACUGGUCUACCUUACAUCCUGGACCAUGAUGGAACCUCCAAAGGAGGUAAGGACUCAUGCCCCAAACAAGCAAGGCAUUCAGGGCAAGCAGGUCUUGACCAUAGCUAUACUUACAUGCAGGAUGAGGGAGGAACAGGUAUUAAGACAGGGGAAGAGAGCCCCUGCCCAGAUAUCUAUCUCCACAAGGCCAUAAGAACCCAAAGAUCUAUGUCAUCUACUGAUCAUUGUAAAUAAAGUGGAUCUGCUUUUUCAGCUGUCA